UUUAUUAAAUUCUGCCAUAGUUUAAGCAACGACGUCUCUAAAAAAGAUGCAAAUUGUUCAAGUUUGUCAAGUAUUAUUAUCAGUCAGUGUUGCCAUAACUACAGUAUCAUUCACCGCAGGUUUUGAAUGUGCACAAUGCGCAGAUAUAAGAUAUGCGAAAAUUAUGAAAAAUACCAUACCUGAUCUCAAGCUGAAUAUUGGAUCCUUAAAUUUAACAUCAAACCGGCUAUGCAAGUCUGCACAGGGUGUUCCAGUUGUUAAAUGUCAACAAAGUUCCACAAGUGGAUCCAACGUUAAUCGAUGUGUUCAUUACAAUGGAGCGCUCGACAUGACAAUUAAAGUCGGCACAUCAGGAGAGGUUAACGUCGUCUAUGAAGGAACAUAUCGAGAUUGUGUCCUGGAAAGUAUCUCUGCUAGUGGCUCCUGCAUGGACCAGAUCACUGUUCUCCCAGACGAUAACAAACUACGUGCUGCUGCAUUAAAAACUUCGCCGUACAAUUUGAGUGGUUAUUCCGUCACCGCCGAAUUCAAUGGGAGAAAAUGUGUGUCGGAUAUGAAAGGGAUGUUCCAAAAUGUAAAUAAAUCCCCUUUGAUUGUUGCAAUGACCGGCUGUAAUAUACUUGCCAUUGUUGUUUCAUACAUCAUCAGUAAAGUGUAUUUUUAAUAUUCUACUUCUAAUUGAAUGGUUAGAAUCCUGUAAAAAUCAGUUUCAGUUUGCCAUACGAAAACCAAAGUAUUUCAUUGAAUUUUUUCCUUAGUGUGUUACGAACUAUAUUAAUUACUUUAAGAAUUUGUACAUUACACUCCGGUAGUCGAUUUAAAAAUUUAGUAGAUUAGUUUGUGAAAUUGCUAAAUUUUCACUUGUGGAAAAAGUUUUUUUUCCUAAUAAUUCAUGUGGGAAUUGUAGAAUUUGUCUUGCCCUAAAAGAAUAAUGCUUAGAUAUGUAAAAUACAUAAUUCAUGUGUUGAAUAUCAUAUAUUCCUUCACGUACUUUUCCUCGUAUUUUACACCUUCCACAGUCUUCAUUCUUUGAUAAUGAUGAGUGUAUAGAAAAUAACUUGACAGUAUGUGUUUUUAACACGAGUAUAAAGUCUUUAGUUAAACUCAACCACAUUGUAAUAACUUUUUUCAAGUCAUUUAAUGAAGUUUUUUGCAAACGUAUAACCGUUAAAUAAACAUUAGAUACAUUUUAUUGUUUAAAUACCUGGGGUUGAUAGCAAAGAAUAUUCAAUCGUGAUUAAUUAAAUGCAAUGACUUUCAUGACUGGAAAGUCAAUUAAAUUGGAUAAUUAUGUAUUUUUGGCACUUGGAACUCGAAUGUUGAGGAAGAGCAUCAUUUUAAUUAUAAAGUACGUGUAAUAUUUUCAUCAUAAUGAAAGGAAAUUAUGAAAAUA